CAGUGCGGCUGCGCGGACCGGUCAGCACAGCCCGGGCGGCGGCGGCGGCGGCGGCCGUAAUCCGCUGCUUGGGCCGCGGUCAACGGGAGAACGAUUGUCUUAUCGGAACAGCAGGAAGAAACGGAAAGCCCGUGAAUGUUGCCAGGCCUGGACAGACGUACCAGCACUAGUUGUUCCCACGAGGGCUUGCUCAGUCUGGUUCCUUGCACCCAGUGGGUGCUCAACAGCGCUGCUAAUCCCCUCCCCUCCCCGCCACCCACUACUGCAUGCGGUUGGAUCUGCGGUGACCCGGGAGCCAAACGUCCGGAGAAGAAGCAAGUGGGGACCAUCAGCCUGAAACGACACCAAACUGGAUUGCUUGUACAAGGAGCCAGCCUUCGGAGAGAGAAAACAUCUUUGAAUUCCUCAUGGAUGGAGUGCCCCCUACCAAAAAACCCAGGAAGCUGCUGCCGAGCUUGAAGACCAAGAAGCCCCGGGAGCUGGUGCUGGUGAUCGGGACGGGCAUCAGCGCUGCCGUGGCGCCCCAGGUUCCGGCCCUCAAGUCCUGGAAAGGGUUAAUCCAGGCCUUGCUGGACGCGGCCAUCGACUUCGACCUCCUGGAGGACGAGGAGAGCAAAAAGUUCCAGAAGUGUCUGCACGAGGACAAGAACCUCGUCCACGUCGCCCACGACCUCAUCCAGAAACUGUCUCCACGCACCAGCAACGUCCGCUCCACCUUCUUCAAGGACUGUCUGUACGAGGUGUUUGACGACCUGGAGUCCAAGAUGGAAGACUCCGGCAAGCAGCUGCUCAGCUCGGUCCUCCACCUGAUGGAGAACGGGGCCCUGGUGCUCACCACCAACUUCGACAACCUCCUGGAGCUGUACGCCGCCGACCAGGGCAAGCACCUGGAGUCCCUCGACCUCACCGACGAGAAGAAGGUGCUGGAAUGGGCUCAGGAGAAGAGGAAGCUGAGCGUGCUGCACAUCCACGGCGUCUACACCAACCCCAGCGGGAUCGUGCUCCACCCGGCCGGCUACCAGAAUGUGCUGCGCAACACAGAAGUCAUGAGGGAGAUCCAGAAGCUGUACGAGAACAAGUCCUUCCUGUUCCUGGGCUGCGGCUGGACCGUGGACGACACCACCUUCCAGGCGCUCUUCCUGGAGGCCGUCAAGCACAAGUCCGACCUGGAGCACUUCAUGCUGGUGCGGCGGGGAGACGUGGACGAGUUCAAGAAGCUGCGGGAGAACAUGCUGGACAAGGGCAUCAAGGUCAUCUCCUACGGCAACCAGUACGCCGACCUGCCCGAGUACUUCCAGCGCCUGGCCGGCGAGAUCGCGGCCCGGGGCAGGGCAGGGGUGGCCAGAGAAGGCCAGCUCAACGGCUCCGCCACGGCCCACGACCAAGGCAGAGGGGGAGGCACCUGAGCGCCCGUCGGCCCGGGACCCCGGCGGACGCCGCCGUGGAACCGGCCGCCGUCCGGGAAGCCGGCGGCACGAGGGGCGAGCGGCCGGCCGCGUGA